AUGCAGGCAGCAAGUUCUUUUUCGCGCCCAUCUGGUUCUGUGCAUUGUGGGCCAGGUUCCUGCCGGUCACAAUUCACACAGAAACGUCCAGUAUUAGCUACAAGGAAGACGCUGAGCUGCACCAAUAGGACAGCUGCAUCGUCAUCAGCAUCGGCACCGUUUGCGACAGACAAGCGCCCCAUCAUCUUGUUCGAUGGUGUCUGCAAUUUGUGCCAUGGAGGGGUGGAUUUUGCCCUCAAGAACGACUCAAAGGCCAAUCUACGAUUUGCUGCGUUACAGAGCGACACGGGAAAGAGGUUGCUGCAGAGGUGUGGAAGGCGACCGGAUGACAUAUCAUCCAUAGUGCUGGUGGAACAAAAUGCGUGCUACAUCAAGUCAGAGGCAAUCUUGAGGAUAGCCAAGCGGCUGAGUGCGCCAUACCCAGCUUUGGCACAAGUCCUUUUCCCUCUGCCCGGCUUUUUCAGGGAUCUUGUGUACGACCGGAUUGCGGACAGCAGGUACAACAUAUUCGGCAAGAAGGACAUGUGCCAGCUCACAAACGAAGACUAUGCAGACCGGUUUGUUGUCUGA